AUGUUAUCAUUCAGAAUACCUAUAAUUGCUCAAAAUACAUGGAACUUCAAAAGUGUAGAUUUCCAAACAGAGAUCCUAACAGCUUCCAAGAUUUUCCUUUGGCCUUUGGAAUCAGCACCUACCAUCAAGUGGGUAUUUUGGAACUCUUUUUGGCCUCAUCAUUCCACCCUUUGGACUCCUACUGUAUUCACGUUGAUGCCAAAGCCAAGGACAAAGUGAAGACUGCCAUUGACCAAUUGGUGGGCUGCUAUCAAUGGAAAUAUCCCGAAGCCAAUAUAUUUACCGUAGAUGAUCCAGUGGCAGUAUUUUGGGGGCAUAUUUCUGUGUUGGAAGCGGAUUUCAAAUGUAUGCGACUUUUGCGAGACAAUUAUAAAGAUUGGAACCUCUUUCUUAAUUUGGCUGGAACGGAAUUACCCUUGAAACCUAUGCCAGAAAUUCGAAGGAUUCUAAAGAACUUCCCGGACGGAACUUUAGAGAGUUAUGCUGUUCCCAGUUACCAAAUGAAAAGAUUCAAGGUCUCCAUGGAACUGAAAAGAAUUGGCCAAGGAGACUUCGACCUCGAGCUUGUCAAAACUGAUCGCGUGAAAGAUCUUCCCCCAGGAAAUAUUACUCUAAGAAAAGGCUACAAGAAUGUAGCUUUGCCUCCCUAUCUGGUCGACUUUUUUCUGGACUCACCGUACUGUCAUGAGUUCUUAAAUUGGAUUAGUGAUACUCAUAUCCCGGACGAACAUUUCUACUCAACCAUGAUUACUAAAUUCAAUCAAACCACUCGAGAUGUUCAAGACUUGCAAGAUUUGGACACAGAUUUUACUCACGGAGUUUGUCUAAGGCUGACCUGGUGGUCCGAUGGCAAUUGUCGGGGCAAAAGUAUCCGGGGAAUUUGCAAUUUUGGACAAGAAGAUUUGCCUCGCCUACAUAAAGACACUAAAUGUUUGUUUGGAAACAAGUUCAAUCUUGACGUGGACGCAGUUGCUCCAAUGCAGCAUAUCUUACAUGUUUUGGAAACCUGAACUGUAACACAUUUCUUUCGCAUUUCAA